AUGUUAGUGAUAAGAAAUGGCUUGCCACUACGUCCAAAGCACUGCCAUUUUUAUAGUACUAUUAACAUUGCUCUUCCAAAAGAUUUCGAAGUAACUGAUUAUAUUCUCAUUGGUACUGUGACAAAUACAACAAUAACUUGGAGAAACAAUGACACGGAAGCUAGCCGCGACGUUCAAAUUCAUACUGAUGAAGUUUUUAAGCAGCCAUCAAUAUCGAAUAAUCAGUUAAUUACUAUAUAUACGCCCAAAGAUCGAUCAGGAUGUGGUCUUAAAAUGAAAGUGAAUGAACGAUGGCAAGUUUGGGCUACAUAUACAAGUAUGUUUUCAGAUGAUAAUACGCGUCGUUGGCUAACAGUUGACAGUUGUGGACGUACUACCAAAAUCUAUAAUCGCUAUAGUAGUCAUUUGCGUCGAUUGUCUAAUAUGACAACAAUUGAACAAAAACGUAAAUAUUAA